AUGCAUAUCUCGUAUGCAUCCCCAGUCUCCGAAAGACGAUUCUCACACAUUCCCACGAGCAACCUUCAUUCCGUGCACGUACCUGGUACCACCAAGGUCAAGUUCUACUUAUGGGCGGGAUCGGCGGGCUUGCUGUUGACGGGUUCAUCGGGAGUUCCGCCGGACCCGUCGAUCAACAUCGAGACCUCUCUUAGGGCUUGUACCGCCGACGAACUCCUACCACAAGAAUUUUCCAAGGGGGUGUUGCGGUCGCCUGAGUGGGUUGAUUCGUUUGACCCGAAACCUCUGUAUGGGUGCGACUGCAGCUUCUAUAAGGCCAGGUGA